GACCCAGUGCACGGCUCGUUCCGGCUGGACCCUGUUUCCACCCUCAUUUUUGACACCCGACAGUUCCAGCGCCUGCGCCGGCUCAAGCAGCUGGGCCUCACUUACAUGGUGUUCCCAGGAGCCAGCCACAACCGCUUUGAGCACAGCCUGGGGGUGGCGCACCUGGCCUACCGCUUUGCCACACACCUGUGGACCAUGCAGCGCGGGGAGCUGGAGAUAGAGCGGCGAGAUCUGCGCCUGGUGGAGCUGGCAGGGCUGUGUCACGACCUAGGCCAUGGCCCCUUCUCUCAUGUGUUUGACCGGGAGUUCCUGCGCCGCAAGGGCAUCACAGAUUGGGAGCAUGAGGACAUGUCGACUGCCAUGCUGGAUCACAUCAUCGAUGCCAACCACAUGGACUCCCUGACCAGCCACGAUGUGAAGACCGUGCAGAGCAUGAUCCUGUCUGGGCACGGCGCCAGCAUGGCGCCGCCGCCCGGCAAGCGGUGGCUGUACGAGAUCGUUGCCAACGGGCGCAACAACAUAGACGUGGACAAGUUUGAUUACCUGAAGCGUGACUCAAUGUACUGCGGCCUAAACCUGUCCUGCGAUUUCAACCGCAUCAUCCAGUUCAGCAAGGUCAUUGGCGACGAGAUUUGCUUCAAGUAUACCGAGUAUAUCAACCUGUACCAGCUCUUCCACACCCGCGCCUUGAUGCACAGCCAGGUCUACACACACAAGAAGUGCAAGGCCAUCGAGUUCAUGGUGGUGGAUGCGCUGCUGGAGGCGGACUCUGCGCUGCGCAUCAGCGACAAGAUCCGGUCGGCGGCAGACUUCCAGCUGCUAGAUGACAACGUGUUGGAUCUGUACCGCCGCUUCCUCAACGUGGAGCCCGAGGACGAGGCGGCGCUGCGGUCGGCGCGGGCCAUCAUCGAGCGCCUGCGGCGGCGGGAGCUGUACAAGUAUGCCACCGAGUGCCUCAUCCCGCAGGCGGCCCGGGGCCAGUGGAGCGCCCCCAGCCCUCAGGACAUCGUCAAUAGCUACAGGGGCGGCGAGGUUCAGCUGCGGGCAGAGGACGUCAUCCUGCAGGAGAACAAGAUAGACUACAGCGCCAAGGAGAAGAACCCGCUGGAUGCGGUGCACUUCUUCGACCGCCUCGACUCCACCCACAAGCGCAAGCUGCGCCCCGAGCAGAUCUCCUCCUUUGUGGUGGCAUACCACCAGGAGAAGAGCCUGCGGGUGUACUCGCGCAACUCCUCGCCGCAGCAUGUGCGGGCGGUGCAUGAAGCGUUUGAGAGCUGGGUGCACAAGCGGUUUGGGUCCAAGGUCAGCACCAGCACGCCCUGCAAGCCGCCGCGGCCGCCGGCGCCCGCGGCGGCGGGCGUGGCUUGCGCUGGGGCGGCGGCCGUGCUGGGCGGCGGCGGCGGCGGCGGCAAACGAGGGCGCGACGCCUUCCUGGAUGGCGGCGGCAGCGACAGCGAUGUGUCGCCUAGCAACCUCAUGAAGAGCAAGCUGCCGCGGCAAGCAUGA